AUGAUAGAUUUCGCGAAAUUGGCGAUUCGAAGGUUUCAAAGUAAGUGCUGAGUGAUCAAACACAAUCCUCUUCAAAGAAUCCUGAAGAAACUUCUCAAAUCAAAUCUCGUUUCUGUUCUAACAUCUUUUUCUAAACAUCUGCUCGGAUUUCCCAAAAUUUAUUACGGAAAGCUAAAUAGCUAAAUAGAAAUCGCCUACGUAUAUAAAAGUGAAGUUGCACACAAUCGACAAUUACGCGAGUAACGAUUCACCAACUCCAAUGUCUCGACAUCGUGUCGAAUCGACGAAACGAAAGAAUCAAUCCGAUUGUAAUUAUUAAUAGUGCGUUUCAAACACGUCGAAGCAGCGUGAAAUUAUAUUAAAAUUAACACCAUGUUAAAAAAUAAUUCAUAUCACAGACAACGACGACAACGAUGAUGAUCGUGAUGAUGACAUCGAGUGCUAUCGAGUGCUACCUGGACAAUGCGUGUUCGCUGUUUAUUUCGACGACGAUCAAACAAUCCGUUGAUUCCACUGUUAUCCAAUUAAUUUGCGGCAAAUAUUUUAUCGCGUUAUUAAUCCGUCUCUUUGGCGCGGAUUCCAUCGCGUAAACACGUUAAUUUAAAAAAAAAAAAUAUAGGUUCUGUUCAAUUUGAAACGUCAAACGAUCAAGCGAGGUAAAAGUGAAUCCGCGUGCUUGGUUAUAGAGCAGAUACAAUUUGAACGAUGUAAUGGGCCAUUGAAGGAGGAGGAUGUUGUCUUUACAUCGGGAAGAAACGCUGAACGAAAUGAAAUGGCCACGUCGCUUUUGAAAAUGUAUAGAAGUGCCAUCCUCGGAUGCCUGAGUCGUACAGCCUCGAGACACAGCGGGAUUGGAAACAGGGAGGCAACUUUCCAUUUUACGGCGGGAAAUCUGCGAGUGAAAUGCAGCGAGGAUCCACUUUUCAGAACUCGUUUGGCCCUGCCCCCGGAUUACGAGAACGUGGCGGACUUCAUGUGCGAGACGUAUUACAAACACGAGCCGGUAGUGAUCAACAUCGGUCUCGGCGGCACAGAGGCGCCACCAAUCUGGAGGAGCAUGAUGCUGGAGCAAGUGAGCGCCGGCUACUCGAUCAUCGCCGAGAAUCGUGACAACUGUAUAAUCGGCGCCGCGUUGAAUUGCGUGAUCGGCCGCAACGAAUCGAAAAAGCUGUGCAAACUGUCGCGAUGCUGCGACGACGGACCGAUUCGCGACAUCAUCGAGUUCUUCGCCUACGUGAUGGACGCGCCUAAAAUCUGGCAACGUUUCCCCGUCGGGAACGUGGUGUUCGAGCAGAGCAGCAUAGCGGUGGACUCUGAUUAUCGAAAGUUAGGAAUUGCCAAGAGAUUGGUCCAAGAAAGUUGGCACCUGGCACGCGACUGCGGCUACCGGUCGUUCAGGCUCGACUGCAAUAACAGGUGA